UUCUCAGCGGUUGCGCAUGAGCAGAGCAGAUUGUGCGUACGCAAAUAACGCAAAUCGACACACAUUUACAACGCGAAACUGAUCAUAACACAGUGGGAACCUGGAAUGCAGAGUUACGCAGUUUUCGCAAGCAGCCACAUUGUGGUCAUUGAAUGAAAGCCACACGGAUUGUUUGUGGACCAACAGAAACACGUUCACCGUGCCGUUUUUCUCCCCCCCACCCCGCCUAGCGUUGGAGUUUCAUCUGAGCUUCUCUGCAGAAGGCUCUGUUGCACGGUGUGGAUGUUCACCCCACAGGGUAGAAACCGUGGUGCAGAAGGUCUGCUAGUGGAGCCUGAAAAUGGUGAGGCUGGAGCUUGACCAGGUCCUGAUGAGGAGGAUGAAGGAGGAUGACAUCGAAGUGGUCAAAGUCCUUGUCAAGGAAGGCUGUGAGGGCACCGAGAACCGACUCAUCCUCCACAUCCUCACCCGUCCACUCUGCCUUUUUAUGCUGGCCGUUUUCUCCUCGGUGCUGCGCUGCCUCGUCCACUCUUUCAUCCUGGCACUCGCCAUCCCCGUCUUCCUACUGAUUGUGUUCCUCAAAAUCACCAUGCCACGGUCAACAGGGGUUCUGGGCAGCAGCCGCCCCUACUGGGACUACGUGGGCAGCAGCUACAGAGGGGUGCAGGACGAGACGCUGCAGAAUCCCUACUGCAGGAUCAGUGGAAGAGCACCAGAGAUUAAAAAGCAAAGACGGAGACUUGGAUCCAAAGACAAGGAGGCGUCAUCAGAGAAGAUCACCCCAGAGAGGGAGCAGGCAGCAGGUCAGGUGUGGGUGGCAGACUGUGACGGGGAGAUCGUGGGCUGCAUCUUCCAGGAGAGUGAGACGCGACCAGGAGUGAGGAGGAUCUGCAGGCUGGUGACGGGCUGCUGGUACCGCAGGGAGGGCCUGGGCCGACUGCUGAUCCAGAGUUUGGAGCAGAGGGAGAGGGAGAUGGGCGUGCACCGGGUCUACGCACAUGUCCCUUACCCGUCCAAAGUGGGGGAAGCUUUCUUCAGGAAAGUGGGCUAUCGACAGCUGGGGGAAGGGACUGAUGAAGAAGACGAAGAUGAAAUGAGGAAGGAGACUCCAGAGAGAGGAUUCAUGGGAUACCCCCUCACUAGGGUUUUUUACAAAGAUUUGUAAAGGAG